UCAGCGUUAUAAGUUGGUACAAAACCUAACCUCACUUCACCAUGUUUUUAACCUAUUCGACUCAAAAACCAAGUUUUGAGUUCGGACGAAAAUGAAUUUUUUGCCGAGAUUCACAAAGUCGUUGCGCUUGUAUCGCCUGAAGUCGUCUUUAACCGCAACAGAGACCAGUGCAGCCGCACAAAACCAAAAAUUUUUAGUCCCUCAAGAACCGGUUAAAUCCAAAAUAGACCCGAAAAAGUUGCCCCCUAGAACGAAAAUUGACGCAGACACGAUAGCCCUCCUCGAACGACUAUCUCUGGUGGACUGUGCUAACAAACAAGGCAUUGAAACCCUAGAAGAAGCUAUAGCUUUCGCUGAUCAAAUCCAGCAAGUGGACACGACGAAUGUAGAACCGCUAAUUACAGUCCUAGAAGACAGACCUCUACGUACGCGCCAAGACUCUGUAACCGAAGGAAACUGCCGCGCUGAAGUCCUAAGCAACGCGUCUCUCACAGAAGAAGACUAUUUCGUAGCCCCGCCUGGCAACAUCCCGCUGGAAGCCCGAGAAAAUUUGUUGUAUGAUGAACUUCAACAAGAUAAUAAGCCUGUGUGA